GAGCGGGCCGGCGUGUCCUUGGACUUAAAGAGCCGGACGUCGGACUCGCGGAGCGGACUCUCUGUGUCACGUGAGACGAAAGCGAGAUUCAAAGAUGGGUGAUAUUGAGAAGGGCAAGAAGAUUUUUGUCCAGAAGUGCGCUCAGUGCCAUACCGUGGAGAAGGGAGGCAAGCACAAGACGGGGCCCAAUCUCCAUGGUCUGUUUGGGCGGAAGACGGGGCAGGCCGCUGGAUUCUCUUACACCGAUGCCAACAAGAACAAAGGCAUCACCUGGAAUGAGGACACGCUGAUGGAGUAUUUGGAGAAUCCCAAGAAGUACAUCCCUGGAACAAAAAUGAUCUUCACUGGCAUUAAGAAGAAGACCGAGCGGGCAGAGUUGAUAGCUUACCUCAAAAAAGCUACUAAUGAGUAAUAGUUGGCACCGCCUUAUUUAUUACAAAACAAAUGUCUCAUGACUUUUUUAUGUGUA